AUGGCAAAUACAAGCAAUUGGGCUUCCCUUAUUUCUCGCUUCAACGGAGACAAUUAUGAUUAUUGGAGCAACAAUGUAAAGGUGCUGCUCAAUUCAAUGAAGUUAUGGAAUGUUGUUGAAGAGGGUUUUGAUGAACCCGAGAAUGAAGAUGAUUUAACUCAAGCACAAAAGAAUGUUUUGAAUGAGAAGCGAGAAAAGGAUAGCAAGGCAUUUUUCACAAUCUACCAAACAAUUGAAAUGCCGAUCUACGAAAGAAUUGCAAAAGCCACCAAAUCCAAGCAAGCUUGGGAGAUUAUACAAGCGGCAUACAAAGGUGAGGAAAAAGUGAAAAAGGUACGUCUUCAAACCUUAAGAUCGGAAUUUGAGAAGUUAGAAAUGAAGGAGAAUUCAUCUAUUUCCGAGUAUUUUACAAAUGUUACAUCCAUAAUAAAUCAAAUGGCUUCUAAUGGAGAAAUUUUAGAAAAUGAAAGAGUGGUUGAAAAAAUUCUUCGCAGCUUGCCUAAAAAAUUUGAUUAUGUUGUAGUUGCCAUUGAAGAAUCUAGAGAUCUCUCUUCUCUUUCUCUAGAUAAUUUAUUGGGAACUUUGAAGGCUCAUGAAAUUCGGAUCAAUCAAAGAAAUCCUCCUCCUCCUCCUCUUGACCAAGCUCUUAAAUCUCAAGUUUCAAUUAUGGGAGGCCGUGGUUACAACCAUGGUCGGGGUCGUGGAAGGAGUGGAAAUUUUCAAGGAAGAGGUUCUAAUUUCCGUGGAAGAGGAAGAGCUCUUUCAAAAAAUGAAAAUUUUUCAAAAGAAGAUGAGAAAAAUCUAACACACAAAUUUUUCACAAAGAGGAAGAGGCCGUGGUUUUUACCAAAGAAGAAAAGGCUAUGUUGA